ACAGUGGAGGCACCAGAAGCAGCAGCACUAGCACUGGGCAGCGGGCGGCAGAUUGCGUGCGUGCUCCUUUCCGAAAAACUGGCAACUGAUUGCCGGAUACUUACGCAGAUCACCGGACUCCUUCAUCGCACAGGUCGCUCUGCCGCUUGCAACUCCCGGCGCAACGAGUCGGCGUUCAGAACCACGGCUAUAUUAGUGCGUAAGGACAUAAGCAUCCAGCUCUCUUCCUCUGUCUCUAUCACUCCCUCCGUUACUUCUCCCUUGUUCUCCGUUUCGUGCACGAGCAGGGAACAGAAGAGCGAGCAGCGAGUAUCAGCUCGCCACGAGACAAGAGUGGCUGAAAGCGUUUCUUGGUUUUGUGGCUUAUUUUGCUUUUCUUUUUCAGUCGUAGCCCGCCUGGUGCUUUUUGAGCGGGACUGUCGCCCCUCUCGCCCUUCUCGUUGCCUGGCGCGACCAAAAACUCUUCCGCCGCCAGUUAGUUCGUUUCUCCACUCCGCUCUUCACUCUCCCUUGUUCUCUCAUUCCUUUUCCCUCUUCGUCGCGUGCGGCUCUCAUUUACGUGCCAGCGUCGACGAGGUGGUGCCUCUGUGGUUCGGCUGGUGGCGGUCCACUUGAGUGCCGACGCCGCUCGAGUGCGGAGCAGCACAGCCGCGCACCCCGUCGGGUCCCGUUGGCGGGCGGACUCCUCCGUCCAGUGCCCAUGCUACUACGCUACCGGACCUUCUGCUUGAUUCUCUGGCGUCUCGGCUUACACGGCGCCGUCGCCUCGUCGUCCUCGUCCUCCGCCUCGUGCUGCGCCCACAGACACAGCGUCCCGCGCCGCGACGUCCAAAUGGUGCCGCCGCAGGUAACGCGCAUCACGAACAGGGGCCAGCUGUUUGAAGGCGAGUCCGUGGAGCUGGAGUGCAUCACUUCUGGUUCGCGUCCGCCGGCUGAAAUUACCUGGCAGCUGGACGGUGAGCUGCUCUCCGACGCCUACCUCUUUGUCUCACCCGACGAGAACUCGACCACGUCGGCGGUGAGCUUCACACCCCGGCGAGAACACGACGGAAAGCUGCUGACGUGUGAGGCUGCCAAUCCGCUGCUGGAGAACAGCUCACUGCUCGACGAGUGGAGGCUCGUCGUCUAUUACAAGCCAGAGGUGUACCUGCGCGUGAUAUCCUCAUGCGGUGGGUCGCAGGUGGGCUCGUUCGCCGUGCACUUGCGCUGCGAGGCGAAGGCCAACCCACGGGUGAGCCGGUUCACAUGGAAGCUGAACGGGAGGACAGUGGACUACCAGCGUCCUGUCCGCGAGGGGGACCCUUCCAGGCGCCUGUCGCGCACUUCGCUCAAGACCAACCUGACUGGAUCGUUCUUGUGCACCGCGGAGAACAGUGAGGGCCUAACAGACAGCGACGCACUCCUACUGCCACAAUGUAAGGCUAUUCACGUUCUCAGGCGUCGCACUGGAAGCACUGGCCUUGGGUGUAUUUGUGCCUGCUCAGCCUAAUAAACACAGCAGCAUGAUGCCGAGAUCGAGAUCAACUAGAAACACUUCACGAGGAACAAGGCGUUAACAAAAAUGCCGAAGUUAUAGAUUGUGCCAAGCUUGAAAUUUUGUUUCGAAUGGCUCUUUGUGAUAAACAGUUGCACGCAGUAAUCGGAGGCAGUCUACACAUAGAUGUUAGAACGCAGUUGUAGUUAUGGUUUUGUUGUUUGCCUAUGCGCAUAAGUACGUGUCCUCUGUUAUUCACUUUUGUAAUGUUAAUAAUCUCUAAAAAUUAAAUUUUCAAUGACAUAGGCAAGUACGAAGGCAACACGACUCUUUAAAAGAAUUCUUGCUCUGGAGAUAGGACUGACUGUUGGCCACGCAGUAGCUUCGCUUUCAAGUAAUGUAUUACGUGUGGUUUUGUGUUUCGUCGUCUAAAAAUAUGUUAGUCGCUGAACUAUGCAUGAUUUGUGGACAUGUGGUCACAAACUGUCAAGACACGACAGAAAAGCAGAAUGAAAUGUUCGGAGAUACGUUUGCGCCGCAUCCAAUUGUUACCUCAUGCGAGAUCUCUGUUUACUUGCCGGAAUAAAGACUUGUUGUCCCA